AUAUGGUUGGUGGACAGCAGAAGAUUCAGUCUCAGCAGAAAAAUGCCAAAAAGCAGGCUGGACAAAAGAAGAAACAAGGCCACGACCAAAAGGCUGCUGCCAAAGCUGCCUUAAUAUAUACCUGCACAGUCUGUAGGACGCAGAUGCCAGACCCGAAGACCUUCAAGCAGCACUUUGAGAGCAAGCAUCCCAAGACUCCCCUCCCCCCAGAGCUGGCCGAUGUGCAGGCAUAGAGUGGUUUACAGGUGAAUUCAUGACACCUUUGACUCUUCUACUGUCUCAGACCUUAGGUAACAAACCUGCAGCUGCUUUUUUUAAACACACUGUUGAUCAGCAGAAAUAAAGGGGCUACAGAAACACUCAUUUUUAAUGCCGUUCCCUCUGGGCUUCAUGCAAAGAGAGUUCCGUGUAAAUGUACAGUUGACUCUGAUUUGGAAAUCUGAAGAAUCAGUCCAUUCUUGUUAUAAAAUUUUUUUACAAUUGUAAUUAUAUUGAUGUUCAUAUUGUGUAAAAUAACUCAUUUAAUAAAGUAGCGCUUUGAUUUUACAACAUCACAAGAUAAAUGGUUCUAGAAACUCUGUUCUAACUUCUUAUUAUUAUUUGCCUUAUUAGAGAAGUGAGUCCACGAGCCAGCGUUGCGAGAGCAACCCUCUCCCUUUCUCAGUGCCGUGGCAGGUUUGUUAACCUAGUGCAGAUUCAUUUAGUAACUGUGCACAUGGUUUAUUUGCAGCUGCUCUGCUGCUGCAGCCUGUGUGCAGUCACGUGUCAUUCCCACUUCUGAUCAUUUCCUGUGCUUGGUGUUGAAAAAUUCAAACUUGUUGAGUGGAUUGGCUCCGCUUGCCAGUGGGAGUGCAUCGUAGGUGUGACAGACAUAAUUCAUAAAAUUGGUAGGAUCGCCAGUGAGCCCUUCUGAAAGAUUGGGUCCCAAAGUACAUGCCAGAAUGAAAUGUUUUUUUUGGACAAAGUAUGAUGGAACAAGUGUGAACUGUAAGGACCUAUGUCUUAUAAUGGGUAUUUUGAAAAUUGUUCCAAUUCUUUAGUUUGAAUUGAACCAUAAUUUUUGAGAGAAAUUUUAAAAAUUAUUUAGUUAAUUUUGUGAAUGGAUUUUUUUUUUUUUUUUUUUUUGCAUUUAAUGGAAAGAUUGAAGUGAUUUGUGCCAGGUUAAUUCCCAGAACAUUCUUCGUCUUUCAAGUAAAACGUAAUUUUAGGAACUUAGUGCUGGCUCCUAUAAUCAAAGACUGUCUAGUUUGACUUCCACCUGAACUAGCAAAAUGUUACAGUUCUGCAAAUUCUGCUGGUUAAGGAAGACUAGUCUGGUGUUCUAGUUUUCUUUUUUUGUCUGGUAUGCACAUAAAUGUGCUGUAAUGACUCAGUUUAAGUUUUAAGAACCAAUGUAAUCGGAAGAACAUUGCGUAAGUACUGACAGCCACUCAGAGCUGCACAGUGACCUGUGGGUGACAGGUGACUCCCCUCUUGCUGCUGUAGCCAUUGCAUUUGGUGGCAGCGGAUCGUGCCACUGAGUUUGGAGGAUGGUGUCUCCAGGAAUAACCCCGGUGCCCUUCCCCAGCCUCACUGAGUACAGCCAGCCGUUCUGUUACUGUUGAAUUUCCUGCCUUUCAGACUUGGUGCCCAUUGUUUGCAAAAAUGUUGCUGACUGCAAUUAGAUUUUACCUGUUGUUUCCUGUGAAUCUCACAGCCGUGAUAAUAAAAUGACAAUGCUAGAGCUUUUGGAAGUGCUUUACGCAGAUGGACCUUUCUUUUUAGCAACAGACUGGCGGCUAUUCAGAGAAUACUUCAUUGGUCUCACUGUCUGUAAUUCAGAAUAAAGCCUUUCGAUCUUGUAUUUACUGUUGUGUAAGCACUAAAGACACCAUAUUUCAGUCUGUAUCUCGGAUAGGGAAUAGUUGACGGCUCUCCCUUAGCACAGGGAUUGCCAGCAUGGUCCUCUUUCGUGUUUCAGUUAAAUUUGCUGUAAGGAGAUGACAACUCAAACCUUUUUGUCAUUUAAUUCCGAGAUUCUUUAACAGACAGAUCUGUUUAAAAACUGUUACGGUGUCUUCAAAGGUGAUACAAAAUAUCGAGAGGGAUUUGAUUUGUUUGUAUUCUGUAUUCGUGUUAGCUGUCAAAAGGAAUGGGGUUCACACUAAGCUUGUUUCCAUGCUCACCCCCAUGUUUACGUGACACACUUGGGAUCUCAUGUGUGCUGUAAUGUCUUAUUAAAGAAGAUGUUAAAGAAAACGAAA